AAUUCCUCUUGGUUCUCCAAAUUUUGGGUAGUUCCGUGAGCUUCCCCCUGCACUGCCACCGGCUUCUCCCCUUGCCAAGUCCGGUUCUAUAGGUGGAAAUUUUGGACCCUCUCACAAGUGCAUGGCUUUUGCCACGUCCUUGGAUUCGGGUUCUAGGGCGUGACAUAAACUGUCCUAAAGCUACCGGAAUUCAUCCGCUAAUUACUGCAGAAUUUGGACAGCACAGGGCUUUGGCAACACAAGUCACAAGAUUUUUCUCCAAAAUCACAGCAGCCAAUCAAGAUAAUUUUCUACAUGAAUUAAACUAAGAAAAAUCAUCUCACUGCUGUCGGAAUUCUUCCCUCUUUCAGCUGAAAAUCUGAACAGUACAAGGGCAAAUUGAAGGCAGAAAAUUCAAAAAUUCAGGGCAGCAAUUAAUUGAUAAAAAUCUAGACUUAAGGAAGCUAUCAUCUUACCGAAAUUUUCCGGCAAGCAGAACCAGAUCUAGCGGGUAAGGCAGGGACGAGAUUUGGAGAGAACUAACACGAAAUUGACAGAAAUAAAAGCAAUUAGAGUGAACCCAAGCCAAUUUAGAGCUGAAGAGAGGAAAUCAUGGUUGUUGCUUACUGGAAAAAGCCCAGAAAUUCGCAUCACAAGCUACAGCUCGCGGACAGGGGAGGGGGAGAAAUCGAGCAGAUCUGGAAAAAUUUCCUGCAAGGGGAGGAUUUCUAAGUCCUAAGUUGGUUCUUGAACAAGAAAGGAGGGAAAAUCAU